AUGUCUCGUACCCACCUUUCCCGCAUGUCGAUCCCGAAGCUCGUGGAGUUCCUGCAGACUGGCCCCACUGCUCUGACCCUUCCUCGGAACAUCAAGUCGGUGAUCGUGCGGCCCGGCAUUGUCGGCCCUUCGCGCCAGUUCGGCGGCACUUACAACAACACGCAUAUCGCCUUCAAGCGCGAGGAUAUCCCCGUCCUGCCGGAGGCCCGGGCCACCAAGCGCAUUGGCCGCGAUGGCAAGCCCGCUCCCCGGCCCACCCUGAACGAGGAGCAGACCAAGCUCGCGUACGAGAUGCUGGCCGUCCCGGACAACAUCCGCUCCACCAAGUCCAUGGUUGACAUUGUCUUCACCUCCGGCAAGAAGGCCAGCAUCGACGUGACCUCCAAGAGCUCGACCGAUGUGCUGCACUCCUUCCUCACCGCGGCCGGCCUCGAUGAGGUGGUUGUCGAUGGCGCGGUGCAGCGCACCAAGGAGUGGAUUGCCCAGGAUCGCAUCGAGGCCCAGGAGCACCGCCGCGCCGUCGAGCGGAGCAAGAUCCACAAGCAGCAGCAGGCCCACGCCCAGAAGGACGAGGCUUUGGUCCGGAAGAUUUUCUCCUCCACCGAGUCCGAGCUGUUCCUCAAGGCGGCCGACGACUGA